UGCAGGGAGGAGAGGGUGCUGCAGCGGGCGGACGGGGCAGAGCCCUGGGGGCAGCCGGAGGAGCCAGGUGCAAGUGAAGGACCAGGACUCCCAGCACCAUGAAGCUGCUGCUGCUGCUAUGCCAGACCCUGGGGAUGCUCCUCGCAUGGGGGACCUUGUGUAUCUGCCUUGUUUCAUCAGAGGAGUCUGCCUCUGAGGGUCUCACCUCAACAUCCCUGGUGGAGUUUGCAAUGAUGUCCCAUCUGGAGCCCCUGGAUUCCAGUGAGCAAACCAGCCCGGAGACUGUGGAGCCUGAGCUGGUCCCCAGCGCCCUGCACGCUUCCCCGGGAUCAGGCUUUGCCAGUGAAGAGAAUGAAGAGUCCAGGAUCUUGCAGCCCCCACAGUACUUCUGGGAAGAUGGGGGAGAGCUCAAUGAUUCCAGCUUGGACCUGGGACCAGCCACAGACUACAGCUUUCAGGUGGCCUCUCAGAAGUCCCUGCUGAGAGAGAAUGGGACACAGGUGAAGAACAGCUGGGAAACGGCAACCCUGCACGUGUCGUCGGAUUCGGUUGAGCCUGACCCACACGUGGCUUUCUCCAGCACCCUAGAGGAAGAGGAGGGGCUGCUUCCCAUAAAUCACUCAAAGGGAGGGCCAGAGAGUAGCAAGACCGACUGGCCAAAGGUCAUGUCUUCAGAAGUAGCUGGCCAGGAGGACUCCUUGUUGUCCCUCCUAUUUUCCACAGCCUCCAGCAGGCUGGGGGUUGUGACAAAGGGAACAAUAGAAAGGCCGGAGGAGGACUCUGCUCCUGAGCACACCUCUUCAGGCUUUGACCUAGGGAGCAGCAUGGGCCCAAGUCUGCUGCCUGUGUCCUCCCUCUUGUCUACCACCACUGCAGGAUCCCAGGCAGUCUCAGAAGACCCUUUUGAGAUGACUUCUAGAAAUACAGGGGUGAUGGGAGCAGGCAUGGAGCUCACAGAGAGCACAGCAACAGCCGAGCUGGGAAAUCCCACAACAGAGGCUGGAGGAGAGCUCACGCAGCCCACCAUGCUGACUGGAAUGGAGCAAACCGAGGAGGCUGCUGAGAUAACAGCAUCUCCUGGAGGUGGUUCCCCAAAUACCAAGACUGUAUCUGAGAGUCCACCUGGCUCCUGGAACCUCAGCUCCUCCUCCGCUCCCUGGGACAGUGCUGACAGCUCGGCCCCAACCCCUGCCCCGAACAGCACCCAGCUGGCGACUACACCAGUGAUGGAGGACAGCUUUGCACCACAGACUGAGGACAGCCCUGCAGCUGUGAUGCCAACAGAGAUGCCCUGGAAUUCCCCUCAGGUGAUCUGCAAGGACUGGAGUAACCUGGCAGGGAAAAACUACAUCAUCCUGAACAUGUCGGAUAACAUCGACUGUGAGGAGUUCCGGCUGGAGAGGGGUCCACAGUUGCUGGCUCUGGUUGAAGAUGCCUUCUCCAGGCAGACAGAUGGACUGCAGGGCCAAUGGCUGAUCUCUCUGAGCAAACCCAAUGAGAAUGACAAGCACCUGCUAAUGACCUUGGCAGGGGAGCAGGGUGUCAUUCCUACAAAAGACAUUCUCACAGCUCUGGGAGAUGUGAAGAGGAGUUUAGCUGAGAUUGGCAUCCAGAACUACACGACCACCACAAGCUGCCAGUCACGCCCCAGCCAGCCCCGCAGUGACUAUGGGAAAUUGUUUGUGGUGCUGGUCAUCAUUGGCUCCAUCUGCGCCAUCAUCAUCAUCCUUGGGCUCAUCUACAACUGCUGGCAGAGACGCCUGCCCAAGAUGAAGAACAUGUCACAUGGCGAGGAGUUGCGCUUUGUUGAGAAUGGCUGCCAUGACAACCCCACAUUGGACGUAGCCAGCGACAGUCAGUCAGAGAUGCAGGAGAAAAAGCCAAGUUUGAAUGGCGGGAGCGCCAUCAAUGGCCCCGACAGCUGGGACGUCCUGAUCAGCAAGCAGGCAAGCGAGGACACAGAUGUGUUUGAAGAAGACACACACCUUUAAAGAAGAGAAACAUCCAACAGAGAUCUGUAUCCUGGCUUGACUUCAGGGCCAUGUGGUCAGACUGGCUUCUCAGGAACUUUUUAUCAGGCUUGGGACAGGUCAAUUCUAUGGGCACAUCUUCUUGGGGUCCUGAGACCACAUCCAAGUCCUGGCAUGAGGAGGGUUGCUGUCAGAGGAGGGGGGCGGGUGGGGUUUGUGUGUAUAUGUGUGUUGCUAUCAGUAGCGCCACUGCUUUCAUCACUUUUAAAUGCACUUCCUGUAGCUCUCCGGUAGUGGCUGAGAGCAGCUGGGUUUGGGAAGCAAAACAACCAGGUUAAGAUUGCCUCCAAGUGCCUGCUUCUGGGAAGUAUAAUCCAGCAGGAAAGAGCAGGCCAGACCUCUCUGGCACCUGGAUUUGUAUUGGUGGGGCUGACGGAAUCUGACCCAGCAGGUACUGUGGCAGGAGAACGUGCAUCUCGUUUUAGGAUUCGGGGAAGCUAAGAUUUAGCUGAUGUUCCAGGCAGAGUUUGCAUUCUACAUAUAUGUCCUCUAGUGCUGGGGCCCGAUUCUAGCCAGAUGCCCCCCUGUGAUCUCUCUCUCUCUCCUUUACCUCCCAGCCCCAACCCCUUUCCCAUUUCCAUAGGCUCCUUGUUAAUCCUGCAAAGUUUGAGCACUUUAGCCUGGUUUGUUGGGCCGACUGCAGAUAAUUCAAUGCUGUAUCGAAAAGCAUCUGCUGGAAAGUCAGUGUGAGGAGUGACCUGAAAAGGGUUCUGACCAGCUACUACAAGGCUCUAGCCAUGGCAUCCUGAGGGACAGAGGACAUUUCACUGGCAUGAUCUAGAUCUCAGAUUCUCUUUUUUAAUUCCUAUCCCAUUUUCUGGGGGCAAGAGUGGGGGGAAAUGUCCAGCUGUGGCCUUCAGUUGUGGUCAAGCUUGUGAGAUUGACAUGCAAAGCAGCUGAGACACCUUCACUGGUACAAGUAAUAGCCAGAGACUGAGCCUCCCAGUUCCUCUUCUGUCUUUGCCAGAUCUCUUCCUAUGGGGGAUAUUCUGAUUUCAUCACAGUGGAGUAAAUUAGGAGCAACUCCAUUGAAAUUGCUGCAUUUAGACUAGUAUAAAAAUCAAUGAAAAUGAGAUCAGAGUGAGACUUGGGCCUCUGGGAUGAACACUUCAUGGGUGAGCCUGGAGCAAACCUGAAGGUUCUGGCUCCCUGCAGCUCUGACCUAGAGGGUCCUGAAUAUGCAUAUGAUAUAUGAAUAUGAAAAAGGCACUUGAAUAUGCAUAGUUGUGCUCCCAGGCCUGCCAAAAUCACCGUAGGAGAGCUACUGCCCCCACAUCUGAAACUCCACUGUGUUUUGUCCCUCUUUUUCUCCUCACUGUUCUGUGCAUGGGGGGUAUGUUGCUCAAAAACAAAUUCCUCUCCUCAUCUGUUUUCAAAUCUAUAAGUGGUUGUCUGCUCACCUACUGGUGAGAUAUGGUCAAUGUUUGGUCGUUAAGGGAAUCAUUGUACGGGCAGUAUAUUGGAAUGGGGCUUAACGCCGAGCCUGUCACUUAAAAUCUCUCCCUUUAUGUGUGUAUAUCUUUUAGCAUGCUUUAUCCCUAGUAUGUGAGUGCCUAAAGUCACAAAGGAGCUUGUUACUCAUUUUAUUUUGCAUAGCAUUUUUCACACAAACUGAUUCCCGAAUCGCUUCAUUUGAAUAACACAGCCAAUGACCAGUGUGUGCUGUGGAAUCAAGAAAACUAUAAUGCAGCUACAUUGUAAGGAUAAUAGCUCUGGAUGUCUAGCCAAAUUUCACUGAGAGUGAUCACCUCCUAAAUUCCCUCUGCAGUUUUAGUUGAAGAUGGUGUUCUUGCUGCUUUUCCCACUCUCUUGGGGGCAGUUGCUGAGUAGGACCAAAGGGCUGUCCUAUUCUGCCCCUGAGAUGACUGCUUUUUGACAACAGGUGGUAUGAGCGACUCUCUCCAUAUACGCGUAUGGGUCCUGUAGUGACAGAACGCCCACUGAAUUCCAUCUGUCCACACUUGCACUCAGUCACCAUGUUUAAGGCACUGUGAUGUCCUUCAGAAAGAAGAGGUGCUCUAUGAAAUGUAAAUGAUCACACUAAACCACUGAGUUAAAAUAUGUGCCAGUGUAGCAUCCAGCAUCUUGGGCUCAGCCUGGCUGUGACCUGUGGGCACUGUCACAAUAUCAGUGUUCAAAGUCUGGUAAACCUCAGUAAAUUGGUCUUUAAUACACCAUGGCCACUGUAGAGACAAACUCAUGUCAUCAAACACAGAUUAGGACACUCACGCAGCACCUUGUUUUGUCUUGCUGGUUUCCCUCCCUUGUUUCUUUGGUGGCAGGGGGUGCUUAGAAGCCUUAUUUUAAAGAGUAAUAAGUUCAUAUUUGAGUCCAAUUGUGAUGUAUGGUGGCGUCUGUUGAGGUGACACAAUCACCAAACUUUAAAGGGUUGUCAUCGAGGCUUAUUCACCAGCAACUCCAUCUCUGAAAGCUGUCAGCUAUUGAGCUCUGCCAGCUGACGACUCGAGUUCCUGGCAGUGUGAGGGGUGCUGAGAAGGAGUUUCUAGCCCUCCAUGAAGGACCUCAGAGCAUCUCUGAGGUCUCUGUCACAGAGGCUAGAGAACGUGCCUCAGAUCAUGAUCUCUGAGAAGGCAGGCUUGGCCCAUCUUGUCUCCAGAUAUCUUGUGGUUAAUAGCAUUUAUUUUUUAAACAGAAAUUUAAAAUCACCCCCCCCGUGUUUAAUUUUUUGCACUUGGCUUGUCUUGGGACCAUGAAUCUUGAAGUCAGUUGCAUUGUGCAUAGUCCUUCCUGAUCCUGCCCGUCUUUCAUAGGCAGGGAGCUCUUAUUGCAGUCACCUGCAGGGGGGCAGGCAGAAAUGGGGGCUUUCCUUGAAGGCCCUUGUGCUCUGUCUUUGCAUUUCCAACACUGCAAAUUAAGGAAGAAAAGCUACUUUAGUUUUUUUGUUCACAAUGGGAAGUUUUCUCUUAAAGGUGUUUGGAAUUGGGAUGGUCAAUGUUAGAAAGAGCAGCUGACAGAGGAAUGGUGAUGGCAUGAAGGACACUAAGCCAGCAAAUAAGCAUUUUAACAUAAAGCUUCAAUAUUGGCCUUGAAAUGGGGCCCUCUUCAAAGCACCAUGCAGGCAAUAAGGUCAGGCUGACAGCUGAAUAACUGCAGUACGAGCUCAUUAUAAUAACCUCUGUGUAUAGCAAUCCUCAGCUUUAACACUCCCAAAAGCAGGAAACCAUUUUUUUUUAAUUAUGAUGAUGCAGCAAAUUGACUAACCCUAUUGUAGCAAACACCCUCUUUUAACAAAGGUUUGUCCCAGUCCCACAGGGGCCUUUUUAUAAUGAAGCUGUACUGUAUUUCCCCAUCAGUCCCAUAUGCCAUGUUUUAGCUCACACUCCCACCUGGUGGCUGCUGGUAGUUAUAGAUUAAAUGAAUACUAAGGCUAUUUUUUUUCCUCUUCAUGAUAGAAGUUCAUUUUUCCUGGGACCUUACUAGCUUAAUCAGCUGACAACUGUGUGAAUCAUGUUCAUGUAGUGUUGCUCUUGAAAAUGCUUCUGAGUGGAGGGAAUAACAUGAGAGGAGGAAAGGCACCUCUUCAAAGCAACAAGGAGUUGGUGGUUGUUUGGAAACGCCCAUGCAGAGUUCUUAGCUGGGGUCUGGAGGCAGCAGUAAGUGGGUGCGUCUACAUGUUCAUUAAUGUGCCAUAGUUACUGCACGUUAAGUUUAGUACUUGCAUAACCAAGUACUAAAUCAGGGCACAGUAACUAGCGUUACUGCACAGUAGUGCUGGUGUAUGGAUAUUUAGUGACGCUAACCGUGCAGUAGCCUAAUACUACCGCGCAGUACUGUACCAGCAUGGGUUUUGCCCUGCAUGCUACUGCGCAGUAGAAUUAGGUUACUGCGCAGUUAGCAUCCUGUGUAGACACACCAAGGGUCACAAUCCAAUCAGUCUCCUAAAAACACACCAGUUAAUGAGAUGUAUAUGUAUGGAAAUGAAGGAGGCUCUUAAACUAGAGAUCUUAUUUUGCAGGGUGAACCAUGCACAUGUGGGAGGGUGGGGCAGAGGGAUGGUUCUUUAUUGGACUAGCUGUCCGAGGAGAAGAGAGAAUGGCUAACCAACCCGUAGGGGCUGCAGCUUUAUACAUUCAAUAGUCAAAUCCAGUUCUGAGUAGCCAAGAGGCAGGCUGCUGGCCUACUGCACAUUCACAUUUUCCAGCAAUACAGCAACAAGUAAUUUUGCUUUGCAUCGGGUCAGGGAGUCACAUGGCCUGAUUUUCAAAGCUAAGGAACACACUCUGCUCCCUUUGAACUCAGCUGGGAUCUGUGUGCCCUUGUGACCACUGAAAACCAGGGUAGUAGCUGUUUUAGAUAGAGGUGAGCUUUCUUGCUUCUGCUGGACUAUGCUGCAGGAAGUCACCCUUUGUAUGUGUUUGGGUUUGUUGCUGAAGAAAGCUUAGAAGCACUUAGGCCUGGCCUGUCCAAGGGCAGGACGGUUUUGUUUUCUUUGCAAUAAAAUGCACCUCCCAGGUGUCUGAACACUUGCCUACA